UCUCUUCUCAGACCUUUGUUGAAAGUCUUGGGAUGGAAGGCAGGGAUCUUAAUCAUGGCCUUGAGGAAGUAUCAAUCAUCUCCCUCUAAUUGCAGUGAGCUUUUCUUCUUUUUCUUUCUUUAAAAAAACAAAGUGAGUUUUUUUUAAGCAAAAUCGUGUAUCGAGGGAUAGCUGCAAAAAAGUGUGGAUGAAAAGAAAAAUAAUUAAUUAAAGGGAGGAGGGAGAAGGGAUUGUUGAAGCUCCUCUCUCUUUCUUUAUUUCUUUCUUUCUUCCUUUUAAAGACUACUUUAAGAUGGAAAGUUGAAAGAGUAAAGAGGGAAAAAAUAAAACUGGGAAAAGUUGCUUAGCUAGAAUCACAAGGGACGUGUAUAUGCGGUUGUUGUCACCUGAACUGUUUUCUUUGAUUAGAGUGAGAGAUUCCUAGAAACUAGCAGUGUAGCAAAAUUUUAAUUACUCAAUCUUGGGUUUUUCAAGCCUUUUUCUUUUGUUCCUUUUAAAUUUAUCAUUAUGGAAUCUGAAAAUCCCCAUCACCAGCACCAGCUUCAAGACCAGCUUGUUGGGUUAUCUUCUUCUUUACCUAUCUCUCCCUGUUAUGGAGUUUCAAGCACCCAUUCUUGGACCCCAACUACCCCGAGUAUUACUUUGAACAAUCCAAAUUAUAAUGGGGAUAUAUUGCACUCAAGGCAGAAAAAUGACAUGUUAACAUCUCCUCAAAACAGUUCCAUGAUCCAAGACUGGGCUAACAGCGAUGGGAGCUUCACCACGAGAUUUACUGAUAUCCUAAGCGACAGUUCCUCAAGCGUCGGAUAUUUUCUUCGGCUGCCUCAAGCAAACUACUUGAAGAAUAACGAGCAAAGGGAUUUGAAUGAUCUCAGCGAGAAACUAUUGCUCAAGACAAUGUCUUCUGGUUUCCCGAUAUUUUCUGCCGAACCAGUAUUUUAUUCAAGUAUCCAGAAUUGUUUUAUCCCUAGGAGUAGUUUUUCACCAAGUAGAGGGAGUUUCAGCCAGAUUUAUCCUAGUAUAAAUAUUUCAAGUUUGAACCAAGCUUCUUCUCCCCCGAAUAUCCCGAGCUCCUUUGACAUGAAUUUGGAGGCCUUGGAUCUCUUAAAUCCUGCCAGAUUUAGCAGAAGCAGUAGAUUUAGCUAUCCUUCAGAAGAUCAUCAUGAUAAUCUUGGUUUAUACAAAGAGAUCAGCCCUUCUUUUGGUCUCCAUCACCACCAUAAUUUGCUGCAGUCAAAUCAAAGGCCCGCAGCUUAUUUCCCUAGUAAAAUAUCACCACCCUUCCCCACUGAAAUAACCGAGGCAAAGAGACCCAGCAUUUUACCGGAAGCAAAGGCAACAGCAUCAGCAGACAAAAAAUCUCGUUUGGAGUCAAGCGCCUCCUGCCCUCCCUUUAAGGUUAGGAAAGAGAAACUGGGAGACAGAAUUGCAGCUCUACAUCAAUUGGUUGCUCCUUUUGGCAAGACAGAUACAGCGUCCGUACUAAUGGAGGCUAUUGGAUACAUCAAAUUCCUUCAAAAUCAAAUCGAGACAUUAAGCGUUCCGUAUAUGAAGUCAUCUCCCAAUAAAACAUCCAGAUCCAAACAAGGGGCCUCGCCGAUGGAGGAAGAAGAAGCACAGCGAGAUCUCAGAAGUCGAGGUCUAUGUCUAGUGCCAUUUUCGUGCAUGUCUUCUGUGACUAGCGACAGUGGCGGCGGUAUUUGGCCACCACCACCGAAUAACUUCACCGGAUGAACUUGAGAACGGCUGUCUUUGGAAGCGACAAGGGAAAUGUUAAAGAUCUUGGGACCUAUAUAUUAUCAUGAGGAAAAUAUACUGAUCAUCAUAUUUGCCGUUAAGUCGGCUAGGAGAAUAAUAAGUGCUAGCUUUGGUUUCAAUGGAACAAAUUUGGUCAUCUUGUUUAAUUUACAAGCUUACAAGACGGACCAAACUUGAUCCAUUAACAAUAUUAACUCUUUCACUUUUUAAUUUAUAGUUUGUACCCUUUAAGGAGCUUCUUUCACAUUGUGUUUUGAUCGUUAAUUUAUUGCAAUAACUAUCUUAAUUAGCUAGGCUGCCUACGUCUAA